AUGGAAGAACUUUGGAAAUCGGUCGCCCUCGAAAAUGCCCCAGAGAAGCAAAGCAAUUCGAUGCCUCCUACCACACCAAGGAUGAGUUUCGCACACUUUGGAGAGCCAGAGAUCGAGAAAACCAUCAGAUCCGGAGCUAAACGCCAAGUCAGCGUAUGUGGAGAAGCCAUUCCCUCAGCACGCGAUCAACCCUCCGUCGCGCAAAUCAGGAGAUUACGACUGAUCGGGGCCGACAACCGUGACAACCCGUUGCGUGGAGUCAUUGAGACUGUACCCUCUUCGGCCUGCAAUCCUUACACUGCGGUUUCCUACGUUUGGGGAGACAAGUCACAGCCCUUCCGGCUGCUGGUCGGUGAAGGCCAGUACAUACCAUUGACAACUUCGCUGGACUCUAUGCCGCAGGAUUUCCAAGAAUCCCUUGCAAAAUCGGAGAAGCGUGCCGGCCGUUGGGUUGUUGUUACUUAG